AUGACUGCCCUGCUGUGUCCCGGAGCCAAACCACAUAAUAGGAGCCGCUGCCGCCAUCUGGAAGUGGAGGAGCUCACUGCCGUCCACCUGGAAGGGGAGGAGCCCGCUGCCAUAUGCUUGGAAGCAGAGGAACUCGCUGCCGUCCACUUGGAAGCAGAGGAGCUCGCUGCCAUCCACUUGGAAGCGGAGGAGCUCAUUGCCAUCCGCUUGGAAGCGGAGGAGCCCGCUGCCAUCCACCUUGAAGGGGAGGAGCCCGCUGCCAUCCGCCUCGAAGGGGAGGAGCCCGCUGCCAUCUGCUUGGAAGCGGAGGAGCUCACUGCCAUCUGCCUGGAAGGGGAGGAGCCUGCUGACAUCCGUCAGGAGGUGAGGGAGCCGCUGUCGUCCUCCAGGGGGCGGAGGAGCCCACUGAGGUCCAUGCGACAGUGUGUCCGGGGACUGUGACGAUGGAGACGGGCUUGAAAAGGCUGCCGAGAACCCUG